AUGUCGAACAACCCUUUUGCUGGUCCGACUGGCUCCCAGCUAACCAAUAAUCCAUUCGCACUUCAGUCGGAUCCAAGCCAUGCAUCCAAUCGGUUCCCGAAGAUCGAUGACCCGUCCAUUCCCACUGGCCAAUUAGGCGCCGGGGACCCGAACUUUGGAGGGGGACAAUGGGGUCAAGGGUCCUUUGGUGGAGGGUAUAAUCCUCUGCAACAGCAGCCAGUAUAUCCCCAACAAACCGGUUUUCCCCAGACUGGGCAAUAUUUCGGCAAUGGUCAACAGCCCUCGUACGCGUUGGGCUCGGAACCCCAAUAUUUUAAUACGUUUGGACAGCAAUUCCCCUCUCAAAUCCCAGACAACCGGAGUGGUGCUCUGUCGCAUGCUUCCGAUCCUACAUAUCAGAGCAUCGCAGCCUUUGAUCCUUAUGCGAAUCUUGCACUACUUCCUCAAGCUCUACCUGCUCCGGCUCCCAAACCCCCCAGCUCUCCGACUUCCGAAUCAUUUGGAGGGACGUCAUUUCAUUCUGAUCAUCCACGGUCUUUUGUCCGAGACCACAAAAAUGAACUGGAGAGAUGGGAUCCAAGUGCCUGGAAACAAUUCAUGAGCUCUAUCGAGAAGCUCAAAGGUGCAUGGGAAGCGAGGAAGGAUCUCGUGAAUCGCGCAACAGCGGGUUAUAAUCAGCAAUGGACACAACAGGAUGUCACUCGGGCUCAGGAUCUCCUUCGUGAAGCCGAUUCCAACAUCGAUCUCGUCUUAGCUGCCAAACUCCAACUGGAAGAGGUUCAGUCUGGCUACCGUCACUCUUCCGAUACGGCUUCGCGAUCCCGAGUGCGCCAAGCACUCAACGCGGGGCUCCGAUCUCUUCCGGAAUGGCCAGAAGAGCUUCAAACAAGCGCUGGGGUAACAGUGGCGUAUACCAACCCACAACCACAACAGUCUUCUAUCUUGGCGCAGCCCACAGGUUAUGUUACCGGUGGUGGGAAUCAACCGGGCGGGUUUGGGAGUUUAUAUCAGCAGCAACAGCAACUACAGCAGAUAGGGUGGCAGCAGCCACAACAAUAUGGUUAUGGAAGCGGAUUUGGGCAGCCUUCAUUGCAGCAGGGUUUUUACCGAGGGUACUAACAGCGCCAUGUUGGUACGCCCGACUUGCUCUCAAUGAGGCCGUCCUUCAACGAUAAUCAACUCUGAAUAAUUUGCCUUCAAGACAAUUGAAUAUUGUACAUUUGUAAUACGGCGAUAGACAUUUGGAAUCUUGUCCAGGAAAUCAUUGUAUGGUAUAUUGGGUCUUGAGGAGGAUAUACAGCUGAUUUUUCGUG